UCUAACUACUACUACUACUUGUACCAUAUAUUUUUAUAUAAAACCAUUCCAUCCACGUAUCAAGACUACCCUUUUAAAAGCUAAUUAACCCCAUAAUAUUUGUAUAGUUAAGUAAUAACAAGAGCAAAUUAAGCUAGAGAGCUAGAAAAAAAACAAGAAAAUUAUGGGUACUACUACUACUACUAGUACUGCUGAUCGUGAUCAUCAUGAAUUGGUGGAAGAGAAGCUGAGCCCUAAAGCAGACCACCAAGAACUACUACUACUACCUAUGGCACCGGCCAUGAUCUCAGCUCCUCCACUUAGAGUCCAUUUCUCUCCCUCAUCGACAGUCCCCAAAAGUCCAUUAUUCCUUUCUCGUCUGAUGAUGAGUAGCAGCACUAGUACUCCACUAGCCAGCCCUGUGAUCAAGCAGGCCAUUGCAAGCGUGCAAGGCUAUUUGGAAGAUGUUGGCCACUUCACUAAGCUAGAGCCUCACGAGGCUUGGCUUCCUAUUACGGAGUCCAGGAAUGGUAAUGCUUAUUACGCCGCAUUUCACACUCUCUGCUCUGGAAUUGGUGUUCAGGCACUACUUCUCCCCUUUGCUCUCACUGUCCUUGGUUGGACAUGGGGAAUCAUAAGUCUAUUGGUGGCUUUUGUGUGGCAGUUGUACACGUUGUGGUUACUGAUACAGCUUCAUGAGUCCGAUUCUGGGAUGCGCUACAGUAGAUAUCUCCGCCUUUCCAUGGCAGCUUUUGGUGAGAAGAUUGGAAAACUAGUGACCCUUUUUCCAAUCAUGUAUUUAUCUGGUGGCACGUGCGUAACCCUAAUUAUGAUCGGAGGGGGCACCAUGAAGAUAUUUUUUGAGCUCGUGUGCCAUGAAACAUGCACUGUAAAAAACUUGACCACCAUAGAAUGGUACUUGGUUUUUACUUGCAUGGCCACUCUCAUUGCUCAGCUUCCAAACCUCAAUUCAAUAGCUGGGGUUUCGUUGAUUGGAGCUAUAACUGCCAUAAGCUACUCAACCAUGAUUUGGGUACUCACUUUAAACAAAGGCAGAACCAAUGGUGUGUCCUAUGAACCACUUGAGAAUACCAAAUCAGAUGUGGCUAGGCUUUUCGAAAUUCUCAAUGCACUUGGCAUUAUUGCCUUUGCUUUUAGAGGCCACAAUCUUGUUCUUGAAAUACAAGGGACAAUGCCUUCGAACAAUAAGCAACCAUCUCGUCUGCCAAUGUGGAAAGGAGUUAAGUUUGCAUAUUUAAUCAUUGCAAUGUGCUUGUUUCCCCUUGCAAUUGUUGAAUAUUGGGCUUAUGGGAACUUGAUACAUGCUUCGAAUGAAGGGGUGCUAACCGCUUUGUAUGAAUUCCACAAAAGGGAUGGAUCAAAAUUAGUAAUAGGGAUGACAAGUGUAUUGGUUGUGAUUAACAGCCUAAGUUCCUUUCAAAUCUAUGCAAUGCCAGUGUUUGACAAUUUGGAGUUCAGAUUCACUAGCGCCAUGAACAGACCAUGCCCGCGUUGGUUGCGCUCAGCGUUUAGGGUUUUCUUUGGCUGCCUAGCCUCUUUCAUAGCCAUCACAAUUCCAUUUUUGGCAAGUUUGGCAGGGCUGAUUGGUGGCGUGGCGCUGCCCAUCACCUUGGCUUAUCCAAGUUUCAUGUGGAUUCUCAUUCGGCGACCCCAAAAGUACAGCAGAAUAUGGUUGCUUAAUUGGAUUUUGGGUGUUUUGGGAAUGGUCCUCAGCAUUUCGGUUGUCACUGGAGCAGUAUGGAGCCUUGUCACCAAGGGAAUGGAAGUUAACUUUUUUAAGCCUCAGUAACAAAUGAGAAGAAAAUAUUUGGCAAAAUAGAAGAGCAAUAGUAAUUAAUCUUCUUCUUCAAGUGUUUUCUACAUAAACCUUGAGCUAUAUAUCAAGACAGACCCAUUGGAUUCAUUCCCAUGUUCUUGAUAUAUACUGAAAUGUAAACUAUGUAUGUACCUGACGUUAAUUGUGUACAGAUAAAUAAACCAUAGACUAUUAUGCUUGCUUUCAAAA